AUGCGACGAUGCGGCGAUGCUGCACUGACGCAAGAGUGCAAUCCGAGAGAGAGAGAGGGCGGAGAGCCGCCGCCGCCGCUGUCGUCGCCCUCCACCUUUCGAUCUCGACACGGCGAAAGAGCGACGGAAGUUGAAAUGCCGAGAGGCGAGAAGCGACUGGAGCCAGCUUGGAGCGAUGACGAACGCUGGGGCGCGGCGAAAUUGCGAAACGGGGAUCGCUUGGGGCGAGCAGGCCUCUGUCCUUCUGCCCCCCUCCGCAGCGGCACGCUCGAGCCGGCUGGGCUGGUCUGGGCUGUGGCAUUUCUGCUCUCUCUGCUCGUUGGUCGGCAUCUCCGUCGCUCGUUCUGUCGGCCAAGCCGCUGGCCAGGUCUCGGCGCUGCGUCCGGGCCGUUGCCCGCCAUCGUCACCUUGCUUGCACCCUGGCACGUUGGCAAGGAUCCUUCGCAAAAGGGCAAAGGCAAAGGCAAAAGCAAAAAGCGCACGGAUGCACUCCAUCUGCGCGCCCCGCCUAUUUUCGGCAAGGCCGAGCGUGUGCUGGCUGCGAGCGCACGCCUCGGCUGGUCGGCCUGGGAAGUUCUGUUGCAGAUCAUCGUCGCCGCGCUUGCUCGCCAGCCUCCGUUGCUUCCCGAUCGGGUGGAUGGAUGCCGAUCGAUGCGAUUGCCCGCCUGCCAAUGCAAAAGCAGCAACAGCAUUCAGGGCGCGCUGUCUCGGAUCGCUUUGCUCGGUCACCACCACCUUGCCUCGUCGCCAAGCCUCGACGACGACAAGGCCAUGGACCCACCCAACCACAUCCCGGCGCCCCCUCGGCCAAGAGGCACCCUCGGCCUCAAACGCACAGCACCCUCGGCAGCCUUUGCCCGCACCAGCUUCGCACCACCAUCUCGAGUCGCAGCCGCACCCAGUCCAGCGGCCACAACAAAGAGGGCUCGUCUGAUACUCCCAACACAGAAUCUCGAUCCCGACGACUCGGUGCCUUCACCCACCGCCGCCGCCGACCCCGUGCUCGAAUCUCCCGCCACCCACACGCUUCUGCUCAGCCGCAAUGCCUCCCCGCACACUCGCACCGCAUCGCCAGCACCAGACACCUCGGCCCCUGGCUCCUCCCGUCGUAGCGGCCCCUUCUACCUCUGCACAUGGAGAAAGCCGCAAGCGAAAAAGCACAAGACCUGGGACGGCGAUGCCAUCCUCAUCGUAAAAGACGCAGGCGAGCGUUGCGCCCUCAUCUGCUCAGAGACUGGCAAAGAGCUCGUCGGUUCCGCACGCUUCGCGCAUGGUCAGCUCGCCUCGGGCGAUGAACUCGCUCUUGGGGGCAAGGAGAUCGAGGUCGACCGCCAGAUCGACGAGCCAGAAUAUCGCAGGCUCGUCGCAUUCACCCGUGGCGAACUAUCACCCGUCAAAAAAGGUCCGCCUCCGACCGCAGUACGCACGCCCAAGCCAUUCGUAGCCCCGAUCAAGCGAUCCGCCAUCAAACCCGUCGACAUCAAUGCGCUAGCACCCGCUCGAGCAGAAACCUUUUACGGCAAGCCUGCCCCAAAGCCAGCACGAAGCCACCUCCUUGACGAAUCUCGCGUCAGCGGUCUCAUCAAUCCGGGCCAGGGCAGGACGCCACAUCCCCGCUUCGAUCCCAACGAGCCCGGUGCCAUCGUCAUGAAGCGCCCGGACGAAGGCCACCAGGAGCGCCACAAUCCCAAAGGGUUACCCGUGGUCGAUGUCGUGCUCGAUCCGCAGCUAGCAAAGGCCCUCCGUCCACAUCAAAUCGAAGGCGUCAAGUUCCUCUACGAGCGCGUCAUGGGCAUGCAUGCCGACGGCGAAAAGGGCCAGGGCGCCAUCCUCGCAGACGAGAUGGGCCUUGGAAAGACCCUUCAGACCAUCGCGCUCGUCCUCACCCUCCUCAAGCAGUCGUGCUACUACACGCCUGCCUCCUGCACCAUCGAGCGCGCCAUAAUCGUAUGCCCGCUCACGCUCGUCAAGAACUGGAAGCGCGAAUUCAAAAAGUGGAUCGGCACCAACGCCCUCAACGUCCUCUGCAUCGACGAGGGCCGUGGCCGCCAGGACGUGGCGCGCUUCGUGCGCUCCAAGUCGUACCACGUGCUCGUCAUCGGCUACGAGAAGCUACGCACCUGCAAAGACCUCUUCAAAGACGCUCCCGUCGGCCUCAUCGUCUGCGACGAGGGCCACAGGCUCAAGUCCAAGGAAGCCAAAACCACCCAGAUGUUCGACGAGCUCUCCGCCGAACGCAAGAUCAUCCUCUCUGGCACGCCCAUCCAGAACGACCUCUCCGAGUUCUUCGCCAUGAUCGACUUUGUCGCGCCAGGAAUGCUCAACUCGUACGCCUCGUUCAAAAAGAUCUUUGAAGAGCCCAUCAUGCGCUCGCGCGCACAGCACUGCUCCAAGCACACCAAGGCCACCGGACAGGCACGCGCCAGUGCACUCAUGACCAUCACCAACGACAUCAUCCUCCGCCGCACCGCCGACAUCCUCAGCAACUUUCUGCCGCCCAAGAAGGAGAUGGUGCUCUUCUGCAGCCCCAGUCCCGAGCAGAUUCGCAUCUACCAGUCCAUCCUCGCGUCCAACGACGUACGCUCGCUCCUGCGCGGCGACGCUGGCAACGGCCUGCUCCAGAUCGGCGUGCUGCGCAAGCUGUGCAACACGCCCGAGCUGCUGCGGCGAGAUUCGGAGGCCGACGGUGCCUCGGCGACCAAGACGCUGGUGGGCGACAUGGCGCGCUACUUUCCGCCCAACUUUGUGCGCAACGACGCCAGGUUCAGCGGCAAGCUCGUAUGCGUCAUGCAGCUGCUCGAAAAGCUGCGGGCCGAGACGGACGACAAGGUGGUGCUGGUUUCAAAUUUCACCUCGACGCUCGAUAUCGUCGAGGCGAUGAUGCGCAAGAAGCGCUAUUCGUAUCUCAGGCUCGACGGCAAGACGCCGCAGGACGAGAGGAUGGACAUGGUGAACCAGUUCAACCGCGACGGCGUCGACAGCUCGUUUGUCUUUCUGCUGUCUGCCAAGAGUGGCGGUGUGGGGCUCAACCUGAUUGGAGCGAAUCGGCUGGUGUUGAUCGAUUCGGACUGGAAUCCGUCGACGGAUCUGCAGGCGAUGGCGCGCAUCCACAGGGACGGCCAGAAGAAGGUGUGCUACAUCUACCGGCUGCUGCUGUCCGGCACGAUGGACGAAAAGAUCUACCAGCGCCAGAUCUCCAAGCUCGGCCUGACCGACUCGCUCAUCAAGGGCGACAAGUCGUCGUCCGACACCUUUUCGCAGGAAGAGCUGCGCGACAUCUUUACGCUGCAUCUCGACUCGCCGUGCAUCAGCCAUCGGCAGCUGGUGUGCGACUGCGAUCGCAGGGGCGGUGGUGCCUCGUUGGACGGGCUGGCAGAGGGCAUGGAUGCCAGUCAGACGAGUGUGGCGAGCAGCGACGACGACUUGCCUGGGUUUGUGGCGGCAUCGCAGCACGUGGUGGACCGCGCACACAAGGACAAGCUGGACAAGCGCAAGAGGCUGCUGGCGCUGUACAAGUGGGCGCACUACGACUGCGUGCAACAUCCCGAGUCAUUUGAGGAGGACGAGAUGGUGGCUGCGCUCGUGCGCCAGUCGAGCUCGAGCGUGCGCGCGAAUGGCGCGAAAAAGAGCGAGGACGAAUGGAGCACGAGCAUGGCGGAUCGUGCAGACGACCUCUUCCUCGGCAGCGACGACAGCGGCCGUGAUGAAGAUGGUCUCGGAGAGCAGCAGAUGGACGGCGGAGAAGGCUUCAGGCUGGAUAAUAUGCAGACGGGACGCAUCCUGUUCGUGUUUGCCAAAAACUCGGACAAGACGUCGGACAAGGUGGAGUCCGAGACCACCCCGCCUGCGUCGGACUAG